AUGGAUCUUAACCCAGACCCCGAAGUCCAACUGAAGCAGAGUCCACAGGCGAAAUGUGGAUCCUUGUCUUCGUUCAAAAUGUCCGAAACUGAGCAUUCAGAUUGGGAAGCCACUGUAAAGAAUGUUCUGUACCCGAGGGUCUGCCCCCGUGGCAGCAUCAGACGUCUCAAUGUAGGGACGGCACACAAUGCUCUGCGACUACAAUUUGAGGCAAUGAGCGAGCGCAGCGAGCUUGUGGCCCUUGCAAAUGCAAUGGCAAAGCAAUACACCAGACACAAAGUGCAACUUUUUAAGGAACGAGAAAACCAUCGAGAUGGCCAUGGCGGACACCCCGGGCUCUGCAGUGGCCACGGUGGCGGAGCGGACCGACCCUGGGAGACUAUGCGGACAUCACACCACUGGGAGACAGAGGAGGAGUAUGUGGAGUACUACCAGGGAUUCGCAUAACUACUGUUCACAGGUACAGACAAGCUCCUGCGUCACCGAGGAUCUACUGUGGACUGGCUCAACAAGACCUUAGGUCUGGAGCACCUCACGUCGUCGAACCUCCUAGACAUGCUGGACAACGGUGCUGUACUUUGUCGACUAGCGAGGGUCAUCCAAGAGCGGGCGCUGGAGGCUGUCCGCAGCGGACUGGCUACUGGGACGCCACCAGUGAUCAAGGGGAGAUGUUUCGAGAACGCCGCGCGACGCAGUUUCUUCUCGAGGGACAACAUGGACAAGUUUAUCCAGUUCUGCAGACAGCUUGGCGUUCACCAGAACCUCCUGUUUGAAAGUGAUGAUCUAGUGCUACAGAACAAUCCUCGCAGUGUGAUCCUGUGCCUGAUGGAAGUAGCCCGGAUAGCCUCCAGGUUCAACAUGGAGCCUCCAGGUCUGGUGGCGCUGGAGAAGGAGAUCGCUGAGGAAGAAUCUCACGACUCUGGACUGUCUCACGGCUCCAUCGUCUCCUGGCAGUUCCAGCCCACCCCCAGCCCCCACUCCAAGGUCAUACGACACAGCAGCUCAGCGUCAGCACUGUCGGGCUGGAACAAGACAAUAGUGGACCGCCGAAGCCUCGUGUUGGAGGGUGAAGUUGGUCCGCCUCCACCCCUGCCACCGCCACAGCCUCCAGGAGGCGGGGCCAGUGAUGGUGUGCCCAGCGAUACCACGGAGGAUGACUGGUCCCGAGGCAGUGGUGAGGACCCGGAUCUGGAGAUAGAACCCACCAACACACCCACUCAGCGUGGAAUCACCGAUCUGGACCGGAAGGUGCAACAUGUGACCCGAGCAGCCCAGAAGCACUGUCGCUGUUCCGAUGGCAAGUGUGAGAAACUGAAGGUGAAGAAGGUCGGGGAAGGAAAGUACAACAUUGCUGGGCGAAACGUCUUUGUUCGGCUGCUGAAAGGCCGUCACAUGAUGGUGAGGGUCGGUGGGGGAUGGGACACCCUGGAACAUUUUCUACAGCGACACGACCCUUGCCAGGUGAGAGGAGGGGUAGUUUCCCGAGCCGCCUCCCCCCUCCCUAGCACCCCGUCCAAGUUUCUGCGGCACUCAACCCCCUAUAGGAGCGGCACUCCGGAUACAGUAGGUCGCUAGCAGUUCGGUACGAGAGGGGGGGUAAUGUCCCGUACCGCCUCCCCCCUCCCCAGCACCCCCUCCAAGUCUGUGGGGCGCUCCACCCCCUACCGCAGCGGUACACCAGAUACUGUACGGCGCUAGCUGUCUGGCGCGAGAGACUCUGGCACCUUCUAUAAGUUCCUGCAACACUCCACCUCUACUACAGCAGUAGCUGCUUGGCUCUCUGGCACGCGCCAUCCUGCACCUACACGUUGCAUCAUUCCAGCCGAGGAGCACAACUUUCGUUGCUUCUGCCAUAGAGAACGUUGCAAAUGAGAAUAUUUUCACUCAGAAUGAAAUUCUGAUGUUUCUGAAUGUUACACUAUAUUUUGUUAUUGUCGUUAUAAGUUUUGGCGAUGAAGGUAAGAUCUACCUUUGAUACACCGCCUGUAUAAACCACGUACUUGUCUCGCUCUACACAUGAAAACUAAUGUGCAACAGACUGAAAGACAAAAAUAAAUGGCCUAAUAAAUUUACAGUUGGUUUAUAAAGACAUUCCGUCUAGUCCUGUAACUUUCAAUUCAGUUUUAAAGAGUUUAUAACACUGAAAUAAAGAAAGACUAAACUUUUCCUAUAGUAACCAGUAAUAUUUGUAAGAAAAUCCAGACUGCAACGACGUCAUAACUACGUCCUCAGAACACUUGAGUUUGUGCUCCUUUACCGCCUUCCAUUUUACAGGAGGGCAGUAAAAAUUGUACAGGGGGAGAGAAAUAUUUUCAUAGAACAAACCUAAGGCUUUGUAAUAUAUUUAAUAUAUUGCCAAAAAUCAUAACAAUAUCUAGCAUAAAAACAUGUUACUUAUUAAAGCAAGUAUACCAUAACAGCUACAUUGAUAAAUUAGUUUUUAACUUUUCAAGAUAAUAGAGAUGUUCAAAUACUGUAUAAUACAAUGUUACUAUGUAAUCUAAUUAUAACUAUUAAGUUGAAGAGGAAAUUUGGUUCUUACUUUAAAGAUGCGUUUUGUAUGAUUCCAAAGUAGUGUUUCCCAUAGUAUCAGUAAUUUUAGCUAAGCAGCGUCUUGUAAUAAUUGAAUUACAGUACAUUAUAAACUGCUAUUCAAUCAUGAUUUUCUUUCCAUUGAAAUAGACUGAAUUUUAUCGUAAACAUAAUUUUGGCAUAACACUUUUAAAAUAAGUAUAAUUUUUAUGCAAAACAGUUUCUAACUCAAAUUAAAAAUGUUUUGUUGAACUUUUAGGAUUUAAUCUUAAAAAUAACUAGAAUACAAACAGCUAUAAAUUGUUUUAUUAAAUGUAAGAACUUUUGAAGAUAUUUUCUUGUUUUUCUUCCAUCGUUUGUAUUCGUAAACGUUAUCUAUUCCUUAAUUGCCUCGUUAUGAAACGUACAGGGUAACAACGUAAGGAUUGUUGAUAUGCAACAACGUAAUAACGCUCAACUACUGACUUCUCACAUUGUAGAACGUUCUGUUGGGAAACACAGUUAAAUGUUGCGAUCAAUUCAUUAAGUUUAAAUUAUUUGUUCGAGAUGUUAUUGUUAUGAUUUAAAUUAUUUAUGAUAAUAUAUGUAACACAAUCUUAGGGAUCUUGAGUGUAAAGUUCUUGAUUUAAGCAUAAAUACCCUCUUCAUUGCUGGAAAUGUCAGUAGUAUCUAUCACCGAAAUGUUCUGCGUGAGCUUUGCGCAAUAAAUACGCAAACCAUCUAAUCCAAUAUAUCGUGUAGUGUACAGACAAGGCCACUGAUUCUCGAACCUGUGGGUGUUCAGUUUCUCAUUGCAUUGAUUUGUGUGGUUGUCAGAAGGGAAAUACUGAGUAAUAAGGUAACACUAAAUUUUUGUAAAACUUAGGGAAAAUUUUAUAAAAAAAUACAGUUUGUUGAGGGCAGUUCACAAAACAAUGAAGAAGACACGUAUUUUUAUUUGCAUGAAGUGUGGAAGUGGCCUACAAGUUUACAGAGAUCUGAGCAUUGGUAGAAAUGGUAUUUCAUGAUCGUAAUUUUGAAAAAUCAUUCAUACACACAUUUAUAAUUAGGCUACGGUUUAUUACAUUAAUUAAGUUCAACACAAACUCAUUUAAUGAGAUUAAUUGGGAAGAUCGUUCAGAAUUUUAAGGGUAAACAAAAACCUGGAUAAAGCGGGAAUAUAAUAACAAUAAAUUACAGUUAAUAAGAAUUAAUUACAAAUAUAACAGUAAAAGAAGGUCAAUUUAUUAUUUUGUUUUAAAGAGUUUAAUCAUAGAGGAAAUAUAUUAAAUAACAAAUAAAAAGAAAUGAUUACUAAUUCGUUAAACACAAACUCAGUCAGACUCUUUUUUUUAACUGUUGGUACACUGCUUCUGGGAAGUACGAACCAACAGAUGUUUCAAAGCCAAAAUUUCCAUCUCUGAAUUUCCAUCCGUCUGCUGGAUUUUACAAUCAAAAUCGUUUUUAUGUAUAUCAUCGUCUUUGAAUGAUGAUGUUGUUUGCUCAAAUCCAAUCAUUUAUAUCUUCAAAAUUUACAGUUAUCAAACUCUUGUAGGUCUACUGUAACAUUGUUAAUUUUUCAUUAUAUCGUACUCAUUAUUCUGAAUGCUGAACAU